GAUCUUGAAUCUUUGUGGCCCUCCUCCUGGAAGGUGCUGAGUGUGAUUGCUGUAUGCAGAGGACAGUCUGUAGCCACCGACUCUUGUGAAGCACUGUGUGAUCUCUUGCCUUGUUCUGCAGGUUGAAGAGGAGAUAUUUCCAUUUCAAGCUUUCAUCACCAGCUGCAAAGACAUCUGCAAAACAAGAGCUCAAAGAGAGAGGAAAGGACGUGAGGCUUGUGCUUCAGGAACAGCAAGGAGGGCAGCAAAGGACAAUCAGAUGGAGCUGCUUCUCAAGGAUAGCAUCCAUCUCAGCCUUGAACUACUCUUUAAGGCAGGAAUGUCCUCAUUGUCAUCUUCGGUGUUGGAGGUGGAGAUCUUCCAGUACAUUGAUGCACAUCAAAAUGAUUUCAUCAAGGAUCUUAAGGAAUGGGUGAUGGUGGAAAGUGAUUCUGUUCAAGCACACCUGAGGAAAGAAGUGAUAAGAAUGAUGGCAUUGGCAGCUGACAGACUUUCAUUGCUGGGAGCCACUGUUAAUUUAGUGGACCUGGGGUCACAUCAGUUGCCUGAUGGCCAGGACCUCCCACUGCCUCCUGUGAUUCUUGGGGAACUGGGAAAUGAUCCACAAAACCCCACUGUAUGUUUCUAUGGUCAUGUAGAUGUGCAACCUGCCAAAAAGGAAGAUGGCUGGAAAACUGACCCUUACACACUGACCGAAAUCAACGGAAAUCUCUAUGGGCGUGGAGCAACAGAUAAUAAAGGACCUGUCUUAGCUUGGAUAAAUGCAGUGGAAACAUUUAGAGCCUUGAAAUUAGCUAUGCCAGUAAACUUCAAGUUUGUAAUUGAAGGCAUGGAAGAAGCAGGGUCCUUGGGGCUAGAAAAAUUACUUGAAGAAGAAAAACAGCACUUUUUCUCUGAUGUUGAUUAUAUCGUGAUUUCGGACAACCUCUGGCUUAGCAAGAAGAAGCCUGCCCUCACAUAUGGGAGUAGGGGAAAUGCCUGCUUCUUGGUGGAGGUUGAAUGUGGCAGCAAGGAUCUUCACUCUGGAACUUUUGGAGGCAUCAUUCAUGAGCCACUGAUGGACCUGAUAGCUCUGCUGGACAGCCUCGUGGAUCCCACAGGUCGUAUUCAGAUCCCUGGAAUCUAUGACAGCGUCGCUGCCCUAACAGGGGAGGAGAGGAAAUUGUAUGAAUCAAUCGAAUUUGAUCUAGAAGAACAUAAAAAUAAUAGUGGCGUGAAAAAAUUCCUCUAUGGCACCAAGGAUGAAAUACUUCUACACCUAUGGCGUUACCCUUCUCUCUCUAUUCAUGGGAUUGAAGGAGCUUUUCAUGAACCAGGAAUUAAAACAGUCAUUCCAGCAAAAGUCAUUGGCAAAUUCUCAAUCCGUCAGGUCCCCCACAUGGACCCUUUGGUUGUGAAACAACAGGUGGUGGAGCACUUGGAGAAUGUCUUUUCCAAGAGGAACAGUCCAAACAAAUUGAAAGUGUCUAUGCCUUUGGGUGCCGAGCCUUGGCUCGCUAAUGUUAAUGACCCACUAUAUCAAGCAGCAAAAAGGGCAAUAAAAAUAGUUUUUGGAGAAGAUCCAGAUUUUAUUCGGGAUGGCUCAACAGUUCCUGUAGCCAGAAUGUUUCAGACUAUAAUACAGAAAAGUGUGAUGAUGUUUCCAAUCGGAGCAGCAGAUGAUGGGGAGCACUCCCAGAAUGAGAAAAUAAGCAGAUACAACUACAUCAAAGGAACCAAAGUGUUUGCAGCCUUCUUCCUGGAGAUAUCAAAGCUACAUCAGCAUUUACGCGAAACUUCCAACACAGAGACUAGCAACUUAUAGACCAUCAGAAGAAAAUCAGUAAAGCGCUCUUUUAGUCUGAAACUUUCUAACUUCCUGAUCUGGAAAAACAUGAUAUGUGUUCAAUGGGUCUCAACUGGUGGAAAAAAUACCAUUCUAUUACUUGGCAUACUACUAAAAGGCAUGCAUUUGUGAUCUGGUCAGUCAAGGGAUCUUACCCCUAAUGCUAUAAAAUAGGGUUAGGGAUAAUUCAUUGUUUCUGAGUGGAGUAUGUUACAUUUUAGUUUUAAAAUUCAAAGCCACGGGAAUCUUGGUAUAUAUAUUUUAUUAAAACUACUUUAUUUCUGUUUUGUAGUAUACCUAUGUUCAUGCUGCCCAGCUCAUAAUUCAGUUUCUGAAUAUGAGCGAUUCACAACACUGUAAUUUCCUUCCUACUGUAUAAAAGGAAUUACUAUUUAAUUAUUUGAAGAAAGGUCCGCCAUUAUGUUAAUCUCUUCCCUGUUUUUCACAGAAGGCUGUAAAUAGGAAAUGCAAUAAAAUUACUUUUCUGAAUUUGAUGAAAAGACUUGCCUAUGAACACUUACUUCUGGGAAUAAUCACUGAAGUCAAUAGAACUGCAAUAGUAAAUAAACAUUUCCAGGUAUUUUCCCUGCCAUUUA